AUGGGUACUCACUCAAAUACAAAGAUUGUAGUAUCAGAUAAUAAAGAUCUUUUAAAGGAUUUGGAUAAAUUUAAAUUAGGGUUGCCUGAAAUAGAUAAGAGUCGACAGCAAGGCGGUUCGAAUAUUUUAACAGAGGCUAAUUUAGCAAUUGCCCAGAAACGUGAGGAGACUAAGGAGAUAGUUAAACUAGAGGUGGUGGCUUCUAAUAAGAAAGGAACUGAAAUAAGCUCCGAGGACGAUAAAUCUAGUGUGCUUUCCAAAGUGACGUCUCCAGAAGGGGGAAUUGAAGUUUCAGAGCUAUACGUAUCUUCAGACGCGGAAACUGAGAAGAUGGCCGUUGAACAGGAAGAUCUGAAUGUUAUGAAACUUGGUAGUUUUGCAGAGGAGGUUAAGACCGAGAUAGACACGGGGAAUGAGACGGACAAACUAAUUGAUGAACCAAGGUACAACACUACGAAAAAGAGGCAUUUGGAUGAGGAGCAGAAGCUACCGAUCCAAGAUAGUGAAGAAUCUCAUAGUGAUGAGCAGAAGUUUAAAAAGCCUAGGCUACCUGUGUCAAGUGCCCAGGUCCAGGAGGAAGUAGAGCCUGAAGAUAAUGAAGAUGAGGAAGAGGAGGAAGAAGAGACAGAGGAGGAGGCUAGUGUGAAGAGCGCCAGUGUUACUCGUAGGGAGGUCAAGAAAGCAUCCGAAGGGGAAGAGGAAGGAUCAUCUUCACCAGCGGACAUUGAGAAACUAAGACAGGAUGCCAUGAAGGAUAUCAUAGAGAUUGAAUAUGAUUUUGCCGAGCUGCGUCAAAGAUUAUACGAGAAUGAAUUGGCCAAAUUGCAAACGGAGUUACAGAUGUGUCUGGAUGGUUCUCAUCCCUCAUUACAGUCAUAUUACCAGAUGAUAGACUCUGUUCGAGAUAGUAAACUAAAAAAAGCGUACCAGAGGCAGAAAUACGAGCUAGAUUGCAUCGAUAUAGAGACGCGUGCCACACGUACAUUUAUCCAUCAGAAUUUCUACCGCCAAGUUUCCGAUAUAAAACAUCGCUUACUCAACGAGACUACACAGAAGUGGUAUGACAUUAAUAAAGAGCGACGUGAAAUGGACGUCUUGGUAUCAGAGGUCAGUUAUCACGUGCCUGUCAAGGUCGCAAAUAAGACAUUGAGUUGCAUAACAGGCUAUGCGGCGCCUUCGCAGCUCAGACGCCCGGGCGACCCAAUCCCAGAAGACAUGGCAUGCGAGGGCAUCAAUUUCAAAUAUAAGAACAACCCCGUAGAUAAACUGGAGGUGAUUGUGGACCGAAUGCGGUUCAACAACAAAUUAAGUGACCUAGAAGGAUUAAAGCAGUACUUUGGAGGCUUUCCUGGAGCCCCGUCUCUCAGCGGCUUGAAAGACUCGGAAAUUUUCGAGGACUUCCAGAACCUACAGCAACAGGAGCAGCAGUAG